AGUUACGGCGUCGGUUUUGGUCGAGAGCUCGAAAAACAUGGGCGCAACAAAUAUGCGAUAAUUUGCCUCAUGUUAAUGCCAUAGUUAGUUUUAUACGCGGUAGACGAAAUGUCUGUGUGUGAUACAGAGUAAUGAGCGACCGCAGGCUUUUAGGAGGGCGUUAAUGUUUGUCCUCGUGUGAAGUUGAAGUCAGGUUAGCCUAGCUAGCAUCUCUCUCUCUCUCUCUCCAGUGGUUGUGGCCUCUCUCACCCCGCUUGACAUAUUCCUGAGGAAAAUAUGGUGUCCUGGAUAAUAUCAAGAUCUGUCGUGCUGGUUUUUGGAAACCUGUACCCAGCGUACUACUCCUACAAAGCAGUGAAAACCAAAAACGUCAAGGAAUAUGUGAGAUGGAUGAUGUACUGGAUUGUAUUCGCCCUGUACACAGUGGUGGAGACCAUCACAGAUCUAACCUUAGCCUGGUUUCCUCUGUAUUAUGAGAUCAAGAUUGCAUUUGUGAUCUGGCUUCUGUCUCCCUACACAAGAGGAGCUAGUGUCAUCUACAGAAAAGCCCUGCAUCCUCUGCUGUGCUCCAAAGAAAGGGAAAUUGAUGACUACAUAGUUCAGGCAAAAGAGCGAAGCUACGAGACCAUGCUGAACUUUGGCAAGCAGGGUCUAAGCAUCGCUGCAACAGCAGCUGUGACUGCAGCUGUCAAGGGUCAAGGAGCCAUCACAGAGAAGCUCAGAAGCUUCAGCAUGCACGAUCUUACCCAGAUCUCACAAGGAGACGUGUACCCAGGGUACUCCAGCUCCAACCCUGCCAGAAGAGCUAUUAUGGACCAUCCCGAUGGAGCUGAGUAUUAUCAAUAUGAUGAUGAUGACGACAGGAGUGAUGAAGAGGGAGGAAAGCCUGUGUUUUCUGAGGAUGAAGCUUUGUCUCAGCACGGCCUCAGACGAUCUCAAAGCGUCAGAAUCACACGCUCAAAGCUGCGCAAAGAUGCACGCUAUGGAUCUCUGAAGAUCAAAGGGAGGAAACGGCCAGCGAUCAAUGCCAUGACUUACUCCAGUGUGGAGAACUGAACUCACUACUGACACGAGGGAUGAAGUGUCCACUUUAUCAGCGGGCAACAAAUGUCUUCAUAUUCUCUUUCAUAAGGGCUGUGGACUAUUUUUCAUGGAUAUACCAAAAGGACUAUUUAUUACUUCUACCAGCACAAGUGUGUACAUAUGAGUAUCAUGAGCUUAAGAGUAGUGAAAUGAGCAUCUGAGAAUUGAGUGAUGGGUGUUGGCUAUUGCAUUGCUUGUUUUUGUCUGAAUUUGACAUCAAGAUGUCUUUUGGCUUCAGUAUUUGUGUUUAGUAAUGUGUUCUCUUUGGAUGUGGGUUUUAUACUUCUGUUUUCAUGCGUCUUUUGCUGCCUUUUAGAUAUUUCGUUUUAAUUAGGUUUUUGACAAUUUAGCUUACGUUUUAAGAAAUUAUUGAAACUAAGUGUUAUUUCCUAAUUGCUUAUGCCUCAAAAGUAUAGAAAAUGGCUAUUAUUCCCUACAAACUUUGCUUUUGUGACCGGGACAGUGAUAUUUUGAAAUGUACCUAUUUUCAAUGAGGAAACGGUUGAAUUUGUGUCUUUUCGUUCACAUAAAGUCACAAAAAAACAACAUAUGAAUCCAAAUGAAAAUUUAUUUAUAAUUAAAUAAUACAAAUAUGACUACAAAAGAUUUAGAAGGGAGUAGUUUUCUUAGACUUACGAUUAUAUUGUAAAUCACUUUCACGAAUCAGCCCCCAAAUGUAGUCUCCCAUCACAUUCUCAUUCUAAUAUCCUUGGUAGCGGCAUUCAAAGUCCAGUAUAUCCUGAUGGAAGCACUCGCCUUGCUCCUCCGCGUACGCUCCCAGGAUCUCUUUGAAUUGAUCAGGAUGAGCAUCAAGGAUAUGGACUUUGAGGGACAUCCUACUGCCCAUUGUGCCAUAGUUCUUCACCAGAGUCUCAACAAGCUCCACAUAGUUUUAACCACUGUGACAAAGCUGUUUCAAGCCACUUUCUCCUUACUAGUGAGCUUCUUGGGGAAUUCAUUGCACUCCAGGAUCUUCUUUAUCUGUGGUCCGAUGAAGACACUGGCUUUGACCUUUGCCUCAGACAGCUUGGGAAGAAGUCUUGAAGGUACCUGAAGGCUGCUGACUCCUUAUCUAGAGCUCUGACAAAUUGUUUCAUAAGGCCCAAUUUGAUGUGCUGUGGUGGCAUCAGCACCUUCCGGGGGUCCACCAGUGGCUCCCACUUGACGAUGAUCCUCCCCACAGAGAACAUUGUGGCCAGUCCCACUUGUGCUAGUGGGCCUUGGUGUGCCUGCUGUCCCAAAAAAACAUUUUAAAAUGAAAAACUUUUACAAUUUAAAAAAUUUUAAAACAUAAAAUUCAGAACAACAAUUGUCCAUCUUACCUUCCAGAGUUUUUUUUGUCGAUAUAUUUGUCGAUAUAUAUCUUAGCAGAUGCUUCCACAGAGUACUUUUUCAGUCUUGAUAAAUUGGCCGCAGACAUAGCAAAAUGCGUCUGCCGGAUGCUUGCAGCCUCUUGAUGCCAUCUCAGAAAAAUGCAGAUAUGUAUCCACGUAGGCAGCUGAACCUAAAUGAACUGGUGCCCAGUUCAGGCCCCUGUAUUUAUACUACUAUUUAUAUUACUGGAAAGUUCUAGAAGUUACUCCAAGUUUACUCAGCACUUUAUCUGGAAUGUUCUGGAAAAUAGGUACAUUUCAAAAUAUCACUGACUUGGUCACAAAAGCAACGUUUCUGGGGAAUAAUAGCCAUUUUCUAUACUUUUGAGGGUUAAUUAGGAAAUAACACUUACUACCUAGGAACCAAAAAACAAACAAAAAAAACACUGUGUUCUUAAACACUUGAAAAUGAUUCAUCAAGAUUAGACCAGAAGUGUCCCUUAUCAGUAAUGAAGAACAUACCAAAGAUAUAGAAAGGCAGUGUUGUAUUAAUGUUGACCUUGUAGGGGAAAAAAAACCUUUUGCACAUUUUAUUUCUGUUCUCAAUGUAGAAUGUUUAUUUGGGAGAAAGGCCACACCAAUAUAAAAUCUCUGCUGUGUCUUAGCAUGCAGGUAACUCUGUGCUGUUGUGUGGCUGAAUGCAAUGAGAUGAAUAAAACCAGAGUGUUGUUAUUCAAUAA